UUUUAAUCUAGCCAAUUGAGGCUUUGACCGUCUACACAGUACCUGCCUUAGUAACCGCCCUCCUGGGUCAAUUGAUAUGCACAGAUGGUGCAAAUUGCAUCAUUGGAAUGUUACAAUGCUUAUUUGGGGCUGCAGAACGAAUAACCCUGAAGUACCUACCUAGGCAGGUCUACACCUUGGUCCGUCAGGCCUGAAAGGUCAAUUCCAUGCCCCGUGCAAUAAUAUUAAGUUUUGCAGACUUGACAUAGGCAGUGAGCGCUUGUGAUUGUGGGGAAAGACGAAGGACCAACGCUUGCUAUCCGGGCCAUACCCAGGACCGUGGCCUUGGCCGAGCGGGUUUUCUCGCGGGCCCCUCGGAUAAGGAACUGGAACUACGUGGUGGAUUUUUUUCUGCAAUGAUGUUAGCAACCUAGUCUUGAGUUUCUUUUUAUUAUUUUUCUUCCAUAUUCACCACUCAUUAUUCUCGGUGCACGCCGCUUUAUUAUCAGAUACGGCUUUUUACGGCAACAUCUAGCCAGUCGAAAAGAAGCUAUAUCCCAGCCGGGACCUCUUUUCCCACAGCAUUUAAGACUUUUAAGGCAGGACCUGACUCGGCCCAGCCACCAAAACUUACCUGCCUUCGUCAAACGGCAAUAACCCUGUUGACAAUCUUGAGCCCUCCAAAUUCAAAUACCUGGGACGCGUGUAACAUUUUUUAAUCUCGCGUCACGCAGUAGGAAUUUGUUAACUCGACUCCUUAUUCAUUGUAGUUUCCCUGAUACAAAACCACAUUUUGGUCCAGAACCAUAGUGGCAGUGUAACUCGGGGACGCUGGAGGUCCAUUGGCUUGGGAUUGGACUGUCGGUUUGAAAUAUAUCAUACCCUGCAAGCUUUAAAACACUGCGAUAUAUGGUUUCUCUUACGGAUAUAUGACAUUGUGGUAGCGAUUCGAAAACAUGUCUUCAACAUCCACAUCGCCUUCUGGUUUGCCACUUGGCUUCCCGUACCGCCAGGAAAGAGAUGGCGUUUGGGGAGAGCCAACUUCAACGCUCAAUUGGUGCGAGGAAGACUAUAACAUCACCCCAUAUGUUGCAGAGUUCGUGAACACCUUUACCAACCUCAUCUUUAUCUGGCUCGGGUUCAAGGGAAUCCGCGACUGCAUCGCCAAUGGCUUCUCCUCGGCCCUUGUCUUGAGCUUCGUCGGCUAUGUCGUGAUUGGGCUGGGUUCAAUGGCCUUUCACGGGACGCUGUGGUACUCUAUGCAGCUGGCUGACGAGCUGCCCAUGAUCUGGACGGUCUGCGUCAUGUCACAAGUCACCUUUGCGUACGGCAAGUCGAAAGCCUCUUCGAUUCUUUUGGGAUUCGUAUUUGCUGGUGUUGCUGCGUUUGUGACUAUUUAUUAUGUCACAAACAAAAACCCCGUCUUCCAUCAGGUUGCUUAUGCCUCCAUCACAAUCGGGGUUGUCGUCAAGGGCGCGCUCUGUACCAAGUACGACCUGGAGCCGGCUCUCAAGAGGAGAAGUCCUCUCCAGGCGGACAAGAUCAUGAAGCAAAUGUGGACACUGAUGACCCUGGGCGUCGGUCUGUUCCUUCUCGCAUUUGCCAUUUGGAUGUACGACAUCGUUUACUGCCACCAUCUCGUGUCCUGGAGAUCGCAUAUGCUUUUGCCCUGGUCCGUCGUCCUUGAAGGCCACGGGUGGUGGCACAUUCUUACUGGUUUGGGAGCAUACAACCUAAUUGUUUGGCGUGUGUGGCUUAGCUGCUGCCUGGAUGGCAAGGAGGACACCUUUGAGCUGCGGAGGAUAACACUGUUGCGCGUGCCUGAGGUCGUCCCGAUCAGGCAUAAAUCUAACGGUGUCAUAUCACAGAAGCCCAAGUCAAAAAGUGCUUAAGACUCUGCAAAGCUAAUGGCUGUUGUUUGGUCAAAUAUAUCACGGAAAAAUCGCGUAGUCAUUGCGUGAAGGAGCAGACUUCGAUUCAAUGGUAUAAAGGCACACGGGUUGAGUCUUGGUAUGUAACUUACAACGGCAGCCUUUCUAGAACCGCUGCUACAAUUACUCGCUCAAAAUCAACAAUUGCUCAUUCCAGUGAAGUUUUGAUGAUCUUGUUCAUCAAGGCAGCACGACCAACUCAGCCAGAAUAAAAAGAGAGAAAGGGACGAAUAUUUCCAUGAAACGUCAACUAUAACUGGCCAAGUCCCAAAUGUCUACCGAAGAACCUGCCCUAUGUGGAAAUUAUCGCCCCUGCGCAAUGACGCCACGGGAAAGAUUUACCGUCGGCUUACCACCCAACGAUGCGGGGA